GCCAAAUGCACCCAAACACUUAGUAAUUUUUCUUUUCCUUAUCACCAAAUCACACUCACCUUUGAAUACCCUCACUUUCGCCAUCUUAUCAGAAAAAAGUUUCGCCCCUCACCUUCGCAAAUCACCUUCGAAUUAAUUCUUUAAAACCCUAACCCUAACACACCCACACACUCACACUCAUUCUCACCAUCACUCACCACCCGCACCACGCCCCUUUUCACACACACACACACCCAGAUCCGAGAGAAAGAGUGAACCAGAGGGAGGAGAAGAGGAGACAGAGAUGAGAGAGCGCGAUCGAGAGAAUAGAGAGUGAGAGGGGGUCACCGCCGCAACAUCGCUGCAGCCGCCGCCAUUGCCGUCACGGAGCAGGGAGCCCGGAGGGGAGAGAGAGACGAUUUGCAUACGAGAUGGAGAGAGAGGAUGAAGAUGCGACGCAAGAGAGGAGGCUGUUCCGCCGUGCACUGUUGUCGCUCCUGGGGUCGAUUGAAGCCGCCGCCGCAGCUAGGGCUUGCCGUGCUCCUGGGGUCGAUCUCUGCGCUUCUCAUCAUUGUCUCUGUGCUCACGUCGUUGAUUAGGGAGCUCGAAGAGUUAGGUGUGACACUUCCAAAGGAUGCAUUCGAACUGAUUUUUGUUUUCCUCCAAGAGUGGGACAAACUCCACUUUUCCCCAAAAUUUCAGCCACGAGGCUGCUGGGCAUGUAAUUUUGAAUCUUCGCAAAUAGACAUUCUGCACAUAGGAAGCUGCAAUACAUAUCAAAGUUAGAGAGAAGUGUAACUUCAUUUCAGGUUAGUUAUUUAUUGCGGCACAUAAUUUAGCAAUAACUUGCACCAAUUUGUAAUUUAGAUAUUACUUGCCCUGUUUCUUUUUUUUCCACAGCUUCCUCACACACGCCCUUCCCCUAACUUGACUAUUAUACCCUAAUCUCAAUUCGUAAUUUAGUAAUACUAUAAUCAUCAUGACUUAAUAUCAUAGGCCCAAAUGG